UAAUCGUUUUCUUGAUCAACUUCUGUAAUAAUUGAGAAUAUCGAGUCAUACUUCCUCACCGCCGUCCCCCUGAAACCCAAAAACCGAUAAAACCUGAACUCGACGAAAUAAUUCCGAUAAUCAAUCCACCCACCAAUUCCUCGCCGUCUCAUUAAUCCACUUCAGCGGUUGCGAUAGUCUGUGGAUACAAUUGCUGGAGUAUACUCGAAAUGUCGACGAAGACGUGCAUCCCUCGUCUUCUCCAAGGACGCGCUACCGGUCCUCGACAUGCCCGUCUCCCGACCUCGUCGUCCAGCUCGCUCCGGUCGGCUACACACUGCUACACGCAGCAGCGCAGACACGAGAGCAAUUCCUCGGCGCCGUCAUAUACCGCGACAAUUUUGAUGCCGAAAACAUCUUUUCCUGCGCGGUCGAAUGCAAAGGUUGCGCAGGAGGUGUACUUGAAGGUUGCGUCGGAUGAUGUGUACGCAUGGCAGAAAAAUACGUUACCUGAAGAGAGCCUGUUUAUCCUCCACGACGGUCCCCCCUACGCAAACGCAGACGUCCAUCUCGGCCACUCCGUCAACCGCAUCAUCAAAGACAUUAUCCUACGCUACCAAAUUCUUCGCGGCCGCCGCGUCUCCUACAUCCCAGGCUGGGACUGCCACGGUCUUCCGAUCGAGCUCAAAGUGCUCGAGAAGGUCGGCAAGGGCAAGGACGGCAAGAAGAAAGUCGCUGCGCUGACGGCGCCCGAGAUUCGCGCGCUCGCGAGGAAACAUGCCGAUAGUUUUGUCGAGAGUCAGAUGGCGAGCUUUAGGGAGUGGGCUACGAUGGGCGAGUGGGAGAAUCCUUAUAAGACUAUGAAUCCGGAUUUUGAGAUUAGACAGCUCGAGAUUUUCAAGUCGAUGCUCAACAACGGCCUCAUCUAUCGCAGCGACCGCCCAGUCUACUGGAGCUGCGAAUCCUACACCGCCCUCGCCGAAGCCGAGCUCGAGUACGCGUCCGAGCACACAAGCAAAACCGUGUACGUCAAAUUCCCGAUCGAAAACGCCAGCGAGGUGCUAGGCUCUGACCUCGCGGGCAAGAAAGUCGAGUUCCUGAUCUGGACGACCACGCCGUGGACGAUUCCUUCGAAUAAGGCGAUUGCGGUUGGGCACGGUAUGACGUAUAUCGUCGUUCGCAGCGAGCAGCACGGAUACCUGCUAAUAGGCGAGUCGCGCAAGGAGUUUCUCGAGACCGAGAUCGGUCCGCUGGAGAUCGUAUCAGGCCCGUUCUCUGGCGAACAGCUCACGGCAUUGACUUACACGCAUCCAUUACUGACGACCGACACGCCCUCGCAGCCCGUCUUUGCGGCCCAUUUCGUCACCGCAGACUCGGGUACCGGUCUAGUCCACAUGGCCCCGGGUCACGGAAUGGACGACUACCUCGUCUGCCAGAGCCACGGCAUCGACCCAUACUCCCCUGUCAACAGCUACGGCAAAUUCGACAGCAAUCUCCCACCCGAACUCUCAGACCUCGUCGGCAAGCCCGUUCUCAAAGUCGGCCAGGACAUGGUCAUCGAGCGGCUUCAAACCGCGGGCGCGUUGGCGGGAACAAACCCAGCCUACAAACACAAAUACCCCUACGACUGGCGCUCGAAGAAACCAGUCAUCAUCCGCUCGACACCGCAAUGGUUCGCCAACGUGGGUAAUAUCAAAGACCAGGCGCUUGACGCGCUCGAAAACGCCAACUUCCACCCUGCGAUCGGGAAACAUCGUCUUUCGAGCUUCGUGCGCGAUCGCUCGGAAUGGUGUAUCUCCAGACAACGUGUGUGGGGCGUUCCCAUUCCCGCUCUGUUCGAUAACGAGACGGGAGAAGCGCUGUUGACCGACGAGAGCGUGACUCAUAUCAUCAAGGAGAUUGAGAAAGUUGGUAUAGAUAUGUGGUUCACGGAUGAGGAGGAUACGACCCAUUGGGUAGCGCCGCAGUAUCGAGAGAGCGGGAAGAGCUAUAGUAAAGGGAGGGAUACGAUGGAUGUGUGGUUUGAUAGUGGAUCCAGCUGGACCUUGAUUCAAGAGAAGUACGGGAACCUCCGCAAGGACCGCGAGACGUUAGUAGACGUCUACUCCGAAGGCAGCGACCAACACCGCGGCUGGUUCCAGUCUUCGCUGCUAACCUACGUGGCCGACCAACACAACGGCAAAGCCCCCUACGCCAACGUCAUCACGCACGGCUUCACGCUCGACGAGCACGGCCGGAAGAUGUCAAAAUCGCUCGGCAACGUGAUUGCGCCCGCGCAAAUCACCACAUCCGGGUACAAGAACGUGGCCGCGAUCGGAAGUAGCGGGCUGAGGUUGUGGGUCGCGCAGUCAGAGUAUACGACCGAUAUCGCGUUCAGCACGACUGUGAUGCAGAGGGUCGCGGACUCGUUGAGUAAGAUUCGAAGGACUAUGCGGUAUGUUUUGGGUAAUUUGGACGGGUUCGAUGGGCAGGAGGUUGAGUACUCUCAAUUGCGACCGACCGAUCAAUAUGCGCUGUGCCAGCUCUAUGAUCUUGAACAAGACUGCAAAGCCGCUUACGACCAAUUCGCAUUCAACAGAGUAAUCCAAGCUGUCAUGCGCCACGUCUCCCGUCUAUCAGCAUCCUAUCUAGACACCUCCAAAGACCGAAUCUACGUCGACGAGAAAACAAGUCUUUCCCGCAGAUCAGUACAGACCGUACUCUGCCAAAUCUUCAGAGUCUACGAAUCGAUCCUGUCUCCGGUGAUCCCUCUACUCACGCAGGAAGCCUGGCACCAUGCACCUGCGUUUAUCAAAAAGAAUGACCCGGAUGCUUGUUUCUCGCCUUUUGUGAGCGGCUGGGUUUCUGCGCCUGAGGAGUGGAAGAACGAGGAGUUGCGUCUGGAAUUUGCAAAGCUCGAGAAGAUUGGUGAUGCGGCGAAGAUUGUUCUGGCAAGAGCUAGAGAGGAUAAGAAAAUUGGCAGCUCAUUAGACGCCUGCGUUGUUGUUUCGGCACCGGAGGGAUCGUCCGUAUUGGAGUUAUUGAAGAAAUACGAAUCCCAUCUCGCCGAACUGCUCGUCGUCUCAGCCGUGUCGGUGUCCCCAUCUUCAGAACUCGCAUCCUCGAUCUCAUCCAAGCACUGGACCUACGCCUCAGACCCGGUCACGACCGGUGAAGAUACCGAAGCUGAGUCGGUAAUUGUGCAUGCGGUCAACCCCGAGCUCGGCAAAUGCGCGAGAUGCUGGCAAUACACUGCGCCCGCUGAGUCUGAGAUCUGUCCGCGAUGCGCGGGCGUUGUCGAGAAGAUCGGCGAGGUCUCCUUGUGAGCACAUGACAUGAGCAGUGUUCCAGACUCGCGCUCAACUGUACAUAGUUUUGUAAAUAGCUAGUUGGUUUGUUUACGUGUUGAAGUCGAGACUAUGAAUAGAUCUAUUGCCUCAUCUUCGAUAUUUAUCCAAUUAGACGAAGCGGGCAGGUGCCCCUGGUUGCUACGCCAACAGUCCGCCUCAGCCGCGUUGUGUAUAUGCGUCGAAUGUCUGCGCAGUUGAAGCCACAAAAGGAAAGCCAAAGUAGAGUUAUUCUGGCAUUGUUAUCAGCUAACCGAAUCCGUAAAUGGAUUCCAGGGGAUAAGGUUUCGACCUGCCGAGGACGGCGGAUCGAUUUGGAGAAAGGACAACAAACUGGUCGCAGGAAAGCGAGAAUAACGUCUUGACAGUAGUCAAUUAGGCGUGUAAAGUAAACGUACUAGUUAG